CCUCCAGAUCAAGCUGCCCUGUGCUCAGUUACCUUCAUUUUCAAACAAUCUAUUUGGCCCAGUCUGGCGUUCUACUUGAAUCAUGCACGCUAAAGAGAACCCAUGCUGCUGCUGCUCGUUUGAUGACUACAAGUGUACAGCUGAAUGGCUCCUCAACAAGACCAGGCACAGGCCUAAAAUUGCUGUUAUCUGUGGAUCUGGGUUGGGGCUUCUUGCUGAUUCAGUCACAAACAAGGAAACAUUUCGUUAUGAGGACAUUCCUAACUUUCCUGUGAGCACAGUGCCUGGGAAUGAAGGAUGUUUGGUGUUUGGGGAUUUGAAGGAAAAGUCAUGCAUCUUCAUGCAAAGCAGAUUCCACCUGUAUGAAGGAUAUUCACUUUGUAAGGUGACUUUCCCAGUGAGAAUAUUUAAGCUGUUGGGGGUAGAGACUAUAAUUGUUACAAAUGCUUCUGGGGGCCUGUGUGAGGACUUCAAAGCAGGAGACAUCAUGAUCAUUAAAGACCACAUCAACCUGCCUGGCUUUGCUGGCCAGCACCCACUAUGUGGUCCCAAUGAUGAAAGGUUUGGAAUCCGUUUCCCUUGCAUGUCUGAUGCUUACAAUAAAGACCUGCGGAAGCUUGCACUUGACAUCAGUGCACAACUUGGCUAUUCUGACUUUGUUCGAGAAGGCGUGUACUGCAUGGUCAGUGGACCAAACUUUGAGACCAUAGCUGAGGCCCGCAUGCUGCACAUCCUUGGAAGUGACUCUGUGGGGAUGAGCACUAUUCCAGAAGUCACUGUAGCGAAACACUGUGGUUUACGUGUGUUUGGACUUUCACUCAUCACCAACAAAAUAUCUCUGGACUACAGCAGGGAAGAGAAGGUCAACCACGAGGAAGUCCUUGAGAUGUGCAAGAUGAGGGCUGAAAUGUUGCAGAAUCUGCUCAACACCCUAAUAGCCAAAUGCAAUCAGGUUGCUGGUAUAAACAGCAACUAAAACCAUAGGGCUUGAAAGAAAUUCUCUUAAAUAUGUAGUGGCUACAAUUCACUGCAGCAAAGAUCUGCAAAUCAUCGCUAGACCAGUAAAACCUGAUAGGGGAAGACUCCUAUAUAAGUUGUUGCAUGAAGCUCUUAAUAUUGUCAUAAUUGGUCUAUACGAGGGAGUCCAUCAAAGGCUUUCCCCAAACACUUAAUCACAGCUAACAGAAUAGUUCCUUAAAUGUUCUCUGCCAUGAACAUCCACUCAUUGUAUGAGUUUCAAAUGUGCAAAUUUGUAUUUUCAUUUUAGAAUAUGAUACAGUAUCUGGUACUGGUCAAAGUUAAAGAAAUCUCUAUUUGAAAGCCAUGCUAUUUGAUUGUCUUGCACAUCCUCAGUAAUUUCACCUGGAAAAUGAAAUUAUUCCCACUGCUUCACUGACAUGAAAUGAACAAAGAAGUAGCAGGCCUGGGUGGCAAGGCAAGCAACUUGGAACUUUCUUUUACCUGGCGUAUGCAGUACCAGCUUUAACCUGGUGUAUGUAGUACCAGCUUUAACCUGGUGUAUGCAGUACCAGAUGUCUCGUUUAAAAUAAAAACACACGUUUACUUUCAAGACUGCACUGCCAAAUGUUAGUGCAAAAUGAGUAAGAUUUGGGGAAAUAUUUUGUUAGCUACAAUUAAAUGAAUAGCUCUUGCCAAUUGUGUUUUUUUUUUGCUAUCUUACUAAAAUAGGUUUCAUGUGUGGGGGUUAUGGGUCCAAAUGCCCUGCAGUAAAUUGUUGACUCACACUGUAAAUGCAUAAAUACAGUAUAUAACAGAAAAGCAGUAUUUAUACAUCAAGCCCAAUUCUGCAUGUGCUGGAAUUCAAGCAUGAGGUACUGUAGUUAAAAAAUGAUAUUGGAUAUGUCCUUUGGACAACCUGUUAACUGGUUGACUAGUUUUGCACAUUUAGAUUGCUCGCUACCUUAUUGAUUGACUAAAUAUGCACAUGUGGAAUGUUAGUUACUUGUUUGAUUUAUAAAGACAAAUAAAACCCACCAUAUAUAUUUUUUUUUUCUGUAACUAAAGCAUCAUUAAUCAUUAAUAACAACAUUAUUGUUGUAAGCCCUUAUUUCCACAACCCUUAUAAUCCCCCUUCACAGUGUCCUUUACUCCUACCCUCUAUUUCACCACUGUACUACCACUGAAUGGUAUAUUGCAACCAUCACCAGAAGUCAAGCUGACAUUGGAUGAAGGAGGGAACUCCCACAUUGAAUCAACAUAAGCAUACCUCUCUUUGUCUGUGCUGUGUUUUGAGUUUCCCUCCACUUCCCCAAACUCCACCUCAUUUCCAGCCUUGCUCAGGGCUUCCUCAAAUGUAAGCUGUCAACUAAUAUUUUGAGGCAGCACACAGUGCCUCUGAAAGUCAAGAUCAAGCUCCAAAUCUAAUUAAACACAAAUAAAUCACA